AUGGCAUCAACAAAGAAAGUCCUUGUCCUUGGCGCAACCGGCAAACAGGGCGCUGCUGUCGUUGACGCUCUCCUCGAACUCCCCACCAGCUCUCCUCCCCUCGAGAUCCUCGCCCUCACGAGGAAUCCCGAGUCGGCAAAGGUUCAGUCCCUCAUCGACUCCGCGAAGGCCAAGGGCGUCACAGUCACCCCCGUCCAAGGCGACCUCAAGGACUCCCAGGCCCAGGUCUUCCAAGCCCACCCGCACAUCGACACAGCCUUCAUCGUUACCACGAUCGGCAACGAGGACGUCGUCGGGAAAGCCUGGGUUGACGCCGCCAUCGCCGCGAACGCCGCCCAGAUCGUCCUCACCUCCGUCGACCGCGGCGGCGAGGACAAGUCCUGGGAGAACCCCACCGACGUGCCGCAUUUCCUGCAGAAGCACGCCAUCGAAGUGCACCUCCGCGACCGCGCCGACGAGCUCGAGAAGAGCGGCCGAAAGUUGCGCUGGACAAUCCUCCGCCCGACGGCGUUCUUGGACAACGCUAACCCGGGCAUGUUUGGCAAGAUGUUCGCAGCCAUGUGGUCCACCCUCCCGGCCGACCAGAGCCUGCAACUCGUAUCGGUGCGGGAUAUUGGGCUGUUUGCGGCCAAAGCUAUCGGAAACCCGGAGGAAUGGGACCGGAGAGCCGUCUCCCUGGCUGGCGAUGACAUCACCUACGCCAAGGCAAGGGAGAUCUUCGAGAAUGUCACUGGAAGCGACAUGCCGCAGACUUACACAUUUAUUGGCCAGGGCAUGUUAUGGGCCAUUCCGGACAUGGGCAAGAUGUUUGAAUUCUUCAAGAGCGAGGGAUACGGAGCGGACAUCCAGGCAUUGAAGAAAGAAGAGCCACGCAUGCAGAACUUUGAGACGUGGUUGAAAGAGAGCAGUGGUUGGAAGAACGAGAAGCGCCAUAUUUGA